AUGGGCCGAGGUCCCCCAGUCAUCGACUUUUCCCCCUUUUACGGGCAAGAUAAGGCAGCAAGAUCAAAGCUUGAAGACGAGAUUCGUAACGCUUGCCUGGACUACGGAUUCUUCCAAUUGCGUAACCACGGCAUUCCUGAGAAUAUUCAAAAGGAAAUACUGCGUCAAUCCGAGGAUUUCUUCAAUCUCCCGGACGGAGUCAAGGACAAAUACAACAAAGAUGUCGGCGAAUUUAAUCGUGGCUAUGAACGGCUACGGUCCCAGAACUUUGAAAAGCUCACCAAAGGAGAUCUAAAAGAAGGCUACUUCCUGGCACAAGAUCUUCCCCUUGACGAUCCUUAUGUCCAGGCGAGGAAGUGGGCUCAAGGGCCGAAUAAAUAUCCUUCUGAGGUUAAGGACCCCCAUUUAUGGAAGAAGACAGUUGAUGAGUACCACUUCGUGGUAUCUAAAGUCGCGAAAAAUGUGCUGAGCGUUUUAUUUGACACUCUAGGAGGGGGGCAUGAGUUUUUGGAUGAUUUUUGCGACCAUCCGAUUGCCGUGCUUCGUCUCCUCCAUUAUCCUCCACAGGAACCCGAUGCCUCGGAGCUAGAACGAGGGAUCGGCGCACACACCGACUUCGGUGCCGUCACAAUCCUCCUUCAGGAUUCGACGGGCGGGUUACAAGUCCGAGACCGCAGAACAGGCGACUGGGUUGAUGUCGAACCGAUCUCAGAUGCAGUUGUCGUCAAUACUGGCAAUCUGAUGAUGUGUUGGACCAAUGACCGCUACGUGUCUAACCUACAUCGUGUUGUCAACAAGACUGGGACUGAGAGAUACAGUGUGCCAUUCUUCUUCGAUGGUAAUCCAGACUUCUUGGUUAAGUGUCUUCCUAGUUGCAUCGAGAAAGGUGAGGUGGCGAAACACGCUCCUCUCACAGUGUCAGAGUGGAUGAAGGGACGAUAUGCGGAUACGUUCGGAGGGUCUCAGGAGAAGACCGCUAAAGAAAUGGUGGAAGUCUAA